UCGGUUCCCAGUGCGGCCCGGUUUAACGUAGCAUACAUGCAGAAGGCUCCACACGUUACCUCGAGUCGUGCUUCGUCGUCCUGCCUCGUUGCAGACUUGUCGUUCAUGGCUGUAGAGUCUCCCUCGGAGGCUGUUGGCUGGGUGGAGCCAGAUCCAGACGACAAGCAUAAAGUUUCAACAGAGGGAGAGUCCUUGAAACUCACAACUACCGCUCUAACGAUGCCUGUAGGACAAACAGAACUGACUUUGCACUCUCCUUCUACAAUUAUUGGGACACCCUUCGAUGUCGAAUCUCCUCGAUUCGAGUACCCUUUCCCCGAGUCCUCAUCACGCCCAACGGAGACGCUGCACAGUCUUGUCUCUGCUGCAUCUUCGAUAUCCAGUCUGGCGUCCUUGCAAUCACCUCUCAACCAUAUAACACCGAUCCACCUUCCGCAACCUGACAUCCCGGCCCUUCUCCCUGUCCGUACAAAAGUGCGCACAGAAACCAUCCCGAUCCCCCCUGGAUUGGUUGAAAAACGCCAUCGAUGGAGUCUCGGUGAACGUAAACUGUGCGGUGAGGGCGAAGAUAGCUCAAACAAGGGCGAUCGGCCGUCCGAACGUAAUAACGGACAACGGCGGCGCGGCUCCUCAGUAGGUCGUGAAAAUAACGCCAAAACAUCUCAAUUACCUGUUUAAUGACUGCUUUCCCGGUCACUAAGUUAUAAAGCAAUUCCUUAUCCGAGCCUGAGGAUCCGCAAGACAGCUUUCAUUACUUUGAACGAUUCUUACGAUUGUCGUUAUUCCCACUGCUUUCUUCGCUUUCGACACAUCAAUUUGGAAAGGCUAUUCAUACAUGUAAUACCUUUUUCCUUAUCAUACAUGUUUAUAACGACCACUUAUGCCGCAUACAUGUACGCUACCAGUCAUCGUUAGUAUUUAGUUGCUUUAAACACACACACACACGAAUAAGCACAUAUUGACAAAUAAUAUACCGGUAUUACUAUGGCCACUCGAGUCCAUGCAAUAUAGUCUCUCUCAUUAACAGC